UAAUCAUGUUAACUAGUUUCUAGCUACUGUAUGUGACAUCUCUAUUCUCAGUAACAAAAAGUAGUAGCCACAUUAAACCUUCCAAAGCCAAAUCAUUCCUUUUCAUCCAGGUACAGGCCUCCCAACUGCUGAGCUCUGUAUGCAACUGACAGGAUUGGGCCCGGAUAGCUCUCGCUAAUCCAUUCAGUUGUAAUUCUGCAUGAGAAUCUUAAAGCCAAGGCUUUAGUGUGCUUAUCUGUCGUAGCUGAGUGGUAGCCCUCUGGUGAUUUUAUUCAGUAAUUACUGAUGCACAUUUGCAUCCUCGUUGGGAAGAGUACUAAUUAUUUCUCAGUCUCCUUAAUAUACAAACGUAAUUGAAGGUGACAGACCCCUACGGUUUCGAGAAGACGAAAGAUGAGGAGCGCCUCUUUGGUCCCUGCAGGAGGAGGGACCUGGGACCUGAUUAAAGUCCAUGUGGAAUCGGGAGUCAACCACUAAGCUGAGGAGUAGGCUUUCAGAUUUGUUCCCUAAAACCUGACGGGUCUUGGAUUUCUUGCCUUAAGUGAGGGUAUCGGGGUCGGGAAGGGAAGCCCCUCUUUGCAGAACCCUUCCUCACUUAAAUCCAAUUCAGUUGCGCAUCCUGGCAUCACUUCCCUGACGUCAUCGUCCUCUAGGACGAAGGGCAACUAACUACAGGGCUAGGAACACAGGCUUUCCAGCGUCAGUGGUUUCCCAGGCAGCGUUAAGUUCUCGCGGGAAUGGGAAGUUGAGGGACUGGGGCGCGCCUCGCUGUCACUCAGGCGCCGGCGCACUUUCCCGCCCUCAAUGUGAGAUUGGAGCAGACGCGGGAGAUUCCGAAAUCGCCGCCAUGUCGGUGACAGUCCCCGGCUACUCACCCAGCUUCAAGAAACCCGCGGAGACAUUGCGACUCCGGCGGAAACGGGCCCGAAAUCCUGCGGAUUCUGGACCAGUAGUUGCCGUCUCCCCGGCGAGUUCUUCCGAGCUCGGACCCCGCCGUGCCGCACUAGCGGCGGGCCUCCGCCUUCGCCCUUUUCCUUCCUCGGGGAGCAGGAGCGGAGGAGUCGCCGCGGCUUCCCUCCGGAGAAACCCCUUUGCCCGCCUGGACAACAGCCCACGGCCGACCGUGGGAGCCAGGCCCGUCACCGACGCUCCGUGGCCGCCGACCGACUCCCUGCAGGACACGAGGGAGCCUUAUUUAGAUUUUCAUCAAGAAAAUAAUGUGAACUGGAAAGAAGAGUUUUCUGAAAGAGCAACAGUUAAACAAUUAUCCGUGGCUCCUCAUCAACAGCAGUCCAAACAUGAUAUUUCAUCCUCACAAAGUGUUGAGUUUCCUGUAGACUGGAGUAUUAAAACUCGCCUUAUUUUUACUUCUUCCCAAUCUUUUACUUGGGCAGAUCAUUUGAAAGCUCAGGAAGAAGCUCAAGGUUUUGUCCAACACUGCAGGGCAACAGAAGUUCAUCUUCCUGAAAAUAUACAGGAUCCACGACUCUCCCCUGAACUUCGAUGUGCAUUUCAGCAGAGUCUUAUUUAUUGGCUUCAUCCCUCCUUGCCAUGGUUACAACUUUUUCCACGUAUUGGAGCUGACAGAAAAAUAGCUGGAAAAACAAGCCCUUGGUCAAAUGAUGAAGGACUGCAACAAGUUUUAAUGAGUGAAUGGUCCAUCAGCUUCACUUCUUUGUACAAUCUACUGAAGACAAAACUUUGUCCUUAUUUCUAUGUUUGUACCUAUCAAUUUACUGUGCUGUUUCGUGCAGCAGGGUUAGCAGGAAAUGAUGUAAUUACAGCCGUCUUAUCACCCACAACCAGAGGUUUAAGAGAAGCUAUGAAAAAUGAAGGUAUUGAAUUUUCUUUGCCUUUAAUAAAAGAAAAUGACCAGCGGAAACAAAAGGUAUCUGAACGAAGUUUACAUGUAGAAGAGAGUGAGUGUAUAGCAGAACCAGAAGAGGAACAAUUUAACAGUGAUGAGGAUGAAGAAGAAAGUUUUUCCUGGCUGGAAGAGAUGGGUGUACAGGAUAAGAUAAAGAAACCAGACAUUUCUCUCAAACUUCGAAAAGAGAAAAAUGAAGUGCAAAUGGAUCAUAGGCCUGAGUCUAUUGUAUUGGUAAAAGGAACCAACACCUUUACUUUGCUAAACUUCUUGAUAAACUGCAAGAGUUUAGUUGCCACCUCAGGUCCUCAGGCUGGACUUCCACCUACACUAUUGUCCCCAAUAGCUUUCAGGGGUGCCACAAUGCAAAUGCUCAAGGCCCGAACGGUAAAUGUGAAGACACCAAUAUAUUCUGGUUAUAAAGAUCAAUUUAGUUUGGAGAUUACAGGCCCCAUCAUGCCUCAUUCUCUGCAUUCUUUGACUAUGCUGCUUAAAUCUGCACAAAAAGGAUCUUUUUCUGCAGGAUUAUAUACUCAUGAACCAACAUCUAUAUUUAACACAUGUACUCAAAUGGGAAAAUUAUCAAAUAAGGCAAUGCUUGAAAAGGAGCUUGCUAAUUGUGGACUACAUCUUAAAACUCUAAGUCAACUUACCGAGUUACCAGUAUUAGGAAAAUCAUCUUUACGAUUCAUGGAAAUGGAUAAUUACAUUUGUAAUUGGAGGUCUUGAAAACAACUGGAAUAGUGUUAACUGCCAACUUUUAAGAAACAUCUGCCCCAACCAGCUUAAAAAAAUAAAAAUUUUAAAAAGCC